AUGACAGGUAAUAACAAUAUAAAUCAAUAUGUAGAUAAAAAACCUUUUGAAUUAGUUCAAGAAUUAAAAGAGGAGUAUCAAAUUCCCUCUUUUGAAGAGUUUAUGAAAACUUACAAGUGUGAUGAUGCUCUUAAUUAUGAUGAUUUAAAGGGUGGUAGGAUAGGUGAAGUGAAAGGGUGCGGACCUUGUCCUGAUGGCUGUGAACGUAGGAUGGUUGGUGAUAAAGUAGGUUAUUAUGCUUACCAGUAUCAAAAAACAGGAACAGCAGCUGGUGAUGGUGCUAAUAGGUAUGCUUGUUCGUCUUCGGAAGCCUUAGGUUAUGCUCAUGAUUUAGAGGAUAAUAAUUGA